AUGCCGUCUCCAGCGUUCGGCCUGUUCUUCGAGAUCUUCUCGGAGGGGGUGGUAUUUACCGUGGCCCUCAUCACAUCCGUGUGCUUCGGGGAGAGGUGCUGGAAGCGCUCGGCCCCGCUGAAUAUCACCGGCCUCGCCGCGAGCCUCAUCGCCGUCUCCUACUCGGUGUUUGCGCUUGAGUACUGGUUCAACGGGCUUGGCGACCUCUACGACUGCGCCACCCUCGCCGCCGUCAACGGUACCUGCAUGAGCGCUAGCAACGCCUUUACCUUCCUGCAUCUCUUCGUCAAGGCUGACGCGAGCAACCAGAGGAACCCCAAGUGGCGGAAGUUCUACCGGUGGGUCGGGGUCGCAACGACCGCGUUCAACUGGGUCACAUUAGCCGUUGUCCACGCGUUGCUUCAAGGAACGGAAAUCGACGGUCUCGACGGACCUCGGUGCAAGUUCACCUUCGAGAUGAACUCCUUCAGACUCAAAUGGAUCGCCCAGUUCAUCAACCAAGCUUUCCAGGUGGCCGCGUUCGUUGGCCCUUUGAUAGUACACCUCAGGAUGAUGGCGAGGAGCCCCGCCAAAUCGUCAGAAGUCGACACCGUCUUCGCAACGCUGGUGUUCCCGCUGGCCGUCCUCGACAACGCCGUAAGCCUGGGCGCCAUCAUUUUCGCGGUGCACCUCCCGAGCAUGACACGUGAGACCACGGACGGGGCCAAGGAGUCCGACGUGACCGUGACCGGCUCAAACAUCAGCAGGUCUUCCGAAGUCAUUGUGACCGUCUCGGUGUGA